AUGUUCCAAAGGUUCACUCCAGAUUUGCGGCAAAAAAUCCCAGACUACUACUGUGAGAAACACCUGGAACCACGACUAUUCUGUGAUGAUGAUCAAAUCGCUCUGUGUGUCAAGUGCACCCCGAUCGAGGAGCACAAGCACCAUAUGGUGUAUGGACUGGAAGAGACCGCUGAGAAUUACAGGAAUUUAUUAGAAGAGAUAUUGAACAUGCUUCGGAAGAAACUUGAAACUGCUCGAAGCAUGUUCGCUGAGGAACAAGAAAGAAUGGUGAUGGUUCAGGAAGAGGAACAGAAUUUUAAAGCGAUGAUUGAGUCAGAAUAUAGGAUGAGGUUCCGGUUGUUGAAUGAAGAAAAUCUCCUGAGACGGCAAGGGUGCUUACUCAACUUUCAGAUGAAAGACGCCAAUGUGAAUCAACUUAGCAGGAUUGCCACAGAACUAGAGGAAAAGUCCAUAGAAGCAGUCCAGAGACUGAAUAAUUUGGCUAGACAAAACAUGCGUAAACUGAAGGAGAGUGAAGGCUGGCUUUUUGAACAGAUCUGCAGCCUACAAGCACUCACUGCAGAACUCGAGAAGAAAUGUGAACAGCCGACAUUAGCACUGCUCCAGAAUGCAAGAUCUUCUUUGGAAAGGAGUGAGUCUCUACUGAUUCAGUGUCUAGAGCCCGUUCGUAUCACAGAACUGAGUUUAAGCCAAAUAAUAACAGGAAUGAGCAAAACGCUAAGAGUGCUGCAAAGAUAUAUAACAUUGGAUCCUGAAACAGCUCAUCCUUGCUUGGUUGUGUCUGAGGAUCUGAGAAGUGUCAGGUUUGGAAAUGGACAUCAGAAUGUACCUGGUAACCCAUGGAAUUUUGACUUCAGUGCCACUGUGCUGGGCAUGGAGAGUUUCACCUCAGGAAGACAUUACUGGGUGGUGGAUGUGGAAAAUGCAACAAACUGGCAAUUGGGCAUAUAUAUGAACAGUGCAAGCAGACGGAGCGAUAUACCCAAUACUUGUGGAGAUAAAAUCUUACUGACAAGAUCCAUGAUGGGAACCGAUAGUACUCUCUGGAUCUUUCCCCAUUUAAAAAGAGUUUUCUGUAGAGAGCAAAUACGCAAAGUUGGAAUUUUCCUAGACUAUGAAUAUGGAGAGCUAGCAUUCUAUAAUGUGACACAGAGAGCCCUCAUUUACAGUUUAUCUUGUCUCACCUUCCACGGAACUAUCAGGCCUAUAUUUUCUUUUUGUAUCACAAAUGAAGGCAUGAAUUCCGAUUCUGUCACUAUUUGCCCCCCUCCUGCUUCUUAUAAGGCUAUUUACUGUUAG